AUGCGAAAUAGACCAAAUACCUUAGAAACCCUCAACCUCUCUUUGCAAUCAAACGUCAAAGUCUAUAAGGAAGUAAAAGGUAAACCAAGCAAAAGCGAAUGGACCGGACCGCAUAAGCUAAUUGCACGUGAAAACGAGACCUGCAAAGUACUCGUAAACGACCGAAUUAGCGAAUUCCGUUUAGUAGUUGUCAAACCGUAUUAUAAAACACUUUUAGAUACGCCAAACCUCGAAGAAUCUUUGCCACCGAACCGGUUAACUAAAGCUGAACUACUACCGGUCCAGCUUACAAGACAACCUACCACUCCAGCUACUAAGAUUGGAUCACGCCCGCGCAAACCGAAAGGCAGUUUAGCAGUUCGCCACAGCCUCCGUCACUUUUUUGCAAGUAUAAAGGAGUUCAAAGAUUUUGACGAGCAAUUUCUCAAUCACGAAAGUGAUGUCAUCAUAGUAUUCUUUACUCAUAAAAAAAAGGCUGAUGUUGCGCUCUUUACGAAGCUUAAAAACGAAAGAGUUAUUAUUACGCCCGGCGAGCAAUUCGUGGAAUCACGCCUCUAA